AUGCUAUGUAUUUUAUAUGUAAUUUUUCUAUCAAUAAUUACCCAAAUAUCCGCGCAAUGUAUUGAUCAUCAAUCCGAAAUUGCGGUUUACGUUGAUUGCAAAUAUGAGACUCGUAAUUUAAAAGACUUCGUUGAACGAGGUACAGAUGCAUUUUCAAAAAAAAAUAUGCUUGAAGUUGUAGAGUUCAAAUGUGAUAGCAAUAAUACUGAGCUCUGUGGUAAAGUAAGGAAUGCAUUUGAAAUUGCCGGUCUGAUUAUUUCAAAAGCGUUCAAAUUCCGUGCUCCAAUCCUUGUAAAUGCUUCAUUUGUCAAUUUUUGCAACAACUUUAAAGUAUGUGGAAAAUCUCAAGACGAUGUUCCCAUUGGUAUGUACAUCUUGAUGAAAGACGAUGAUGGUGUUGAAAGACUAUAUCCACAAGCACUCGUAAAACAAUUUAAAAUAAAAAAAUGUCCUCAAUUUGCCCCUUUUGAUAUUAAGGCUGAUUUUAAUUCUGCAGCUAAUUGGUGGUUCAAAUCUGAUGUAUUACUUCCAAGCAAAAAACAUAUAUCAAAAUUUAAUGCUCAAUUGAACUUAUUCGCUGGUGGACCUGGUGCCAAAUUCCAAAACAAAUCUGAUUUUGAUUUACAAUUUCGUAAUUCCACUCAAUACAAUGAAAUUGCAAAGAAAAUGUUUAAUAUUUCUCAAACUGCUAAAUCAAUGGGAUUCCUACCUCGUUAUAAAAAAAAUGCAAAAAAGGCUGUCAUACUUGAAACUAGUUUAAUACCAUACAUUCGUGGUUCUAGUAUAUCUCAUGUGGACUUUAUGACUUACGUAAAUACUAGCGAUUUUUUGAUGAGAUAUAGUAAUAAUUGGUUAGAUACUUUGGAUGGAUGUGUAACUAAAGGUGGAAAGUCUUCCUAUGGUCCUAUUGGGCCCCGUUUAAGAUCAAUUAUGGAAUCACUUGGUUAUGCAACUGCCCGCCAUCCAAAACCGUACAGACCCACUCUUACUAAUAUUACACGAGGUUAUCUUGCUGCUGAUUCAAAUCAGAUAACAUCCUAA